UUCUUCUAUGCAAUCUCAAGUAGCAAGUCUUCCAACGUCAUUGUGCUAGUUCUGGCUCAGAUCAUGGGGAUGUAUUUUGUUUCGUCUGUCCUUCUGAUGCGCAUGAGCAUGCCUCUGGAGUAUCGCUCCAUUGUGACGGAGGUUCUCGGCGAACUGCAGUUCAACUUCUACCACCGCUGGUUUGACGUCAUCUUCUUGGUCAGCGCCCUGUCCAGCAUCCUCUUCCUUUACCUGGCCCACAAGCAGGCACCAGAGAAACACAUGGCCCUCUGAUCCCCUGCAGCUCGCCUCCUCGCUCACAGAACAAACUCCAGAAGCAAGAGCUGAUUUCUUUUUGUUUUAAUCUGUGAAUUUUGAGGUAUCCUGAUGCAGGAAUGGCAGAUGUUUGGUUGCAACAUUUGGAGAGCUGUUGGAGCGCAAGAAACAAACAAACAAACAAACAAAAAACUGCCCAGCUGGACUCUUGCAGUGUUUUACAGGACAACAAUGAAAUAAAGAAUGCUAACGUUGUUUUGCUGACGAUACCAACACUUCACUCUCUAUGCUCCUAAAUGUUAUUUUUAUUUUUCUAAAAAUAGUUUUGUCUAAAUACACUGGCACAGACUUUGUUGUACAUUCCUGUUUUACUUCAAUUGACAUAAAAAUACAAAGAAACAUA